GAGUCCGCUCUGGGUAACCAAGGCAGCCCGGGAGAGGGGUAGAUAGGGGGUGCAAAGUGAAUGAGGGAGGCGCAGCGAGGGGCGUCGAGUCAGCACGCAGCGGGCGUGGUCCGCCACUUGCGAGCUCCGGGGCGGCUGCGAACUAGGUUGCGUCGGGACCCCUGCUUUCCAUGGAGGUUCCCGAGCUGGGCCCGGGGUUGGUGGAGCGUCUGGAGCAGCUGGCGACGUGUCCGCUGUGCGGGGGCCCCUUCGAGGACCCAGUCCUGCUGGCGUGCGAGCACAGCUUCUGCCGUUCGUGCUUGGCGCGCUGCUGGGGGUCCCCGGCGGCGCCCGGCUCGGAGGAGGCGACCCCGUCCUGCCCCUGCUGUGGUCAGCCGUGCCCCAGACGCAGCCUGAGGUCUAACGUGCGACUUGCAGUGGAGGUGCGCAUCAGCCGCGGGCUGCGUGAGAAACUGGCCGAGCCCGGGGCCCGGACCGGGAGACGACGCGGCGGCCGCAUCCCCACCAUGGGCUGCCUGGAUCCCCAAGGAGAGGAUAUGAGAAAGACAUGGAGACGAUUCGAUGUCCCGGUACCCAAGUCAUCUAACUCAGAGGAGGAUCUCCCUGAAGAUUACCCCGUGGUAAAAAACAUGCUUCACAGACUGACAGCUGACCUGACGCUCGACCCUCGCACUGCACAUCGUGAUCUGCUCAUCUCCUCUGACUACCGCGGCGUGAGUCUGGCUCCACCCGGAACGCCUGUGCCGCUGGACAGCCCCGAGCGCUUCGAUCGGCUCCGGGCUGUGUUGGGUGCGCAGGGCUUCGCGUCAGGUCGCCACUGCUGGGAGGUGGAGACCGCGGAAGGCGCGUGCUUCAGAGACUCUCUGGCGAAGGAUGAGGACGCAGGAGAGAGCUGCUACGCUGUGGGCGCUGCGGGGGAGUCCGUGACGCGCAAGGGCCUCAUCAAGCUGUGCCCAUCCGAGGCUAUAUGGGCCGUGGAGGGCCGCGGCGGCCGCUUGUGGGCGCUCACGGCUCCAGAGCCCACUCUACUAGGUGGCGCCAGGCCCCCGCCGCAGCGCAUUCGCGUGGACUUGGACUGGGAGCGGGGUCGUGUGGCCUUCUAUGAUGGCCGCUCAUUGGACUUGCUCUUCGCCUUCCAGGCGCCGGGCCCGCUCGGGGAGCGUGUCUUCCCACUGCUCUGCACUUGUGACCCCCGCGCCCCACUGCGUAUUGUGCCAGGAGAAGCCUGAGCUUCAGGUCUCUAGUUCCUAUCCUAGCCUAGUCUGGAUGACCUCGAGGUUACUUCUGUUCGGUGCAGUAAUCCCCACAUAUCUCAGCGGCCUUGUCUGUGCACCCAUUGGAGCAGGAGUAUUAAUAAGCACCAUUUGCCCACUCAUACUUUCUCCCAAAUCAAAAGCUCAACUGGCUUGUACAUCCACCCGUGCCUUUAAGCCAGCCUAGAGCUGAGUCUCCAUGAUCUAAGACCUUUCUCUUGUAUCUUUUUUCUGUACCAUUCUAGGCCAGGAUAGAGAAAGAGGCUCUGUACCACCAGUGUUGGGAAACAGUCCUAAUUUACCUCCAAUCCCAAAAGGCUCAGGGCCUGAUCCACAGCAGGAAUUUCCUGCUCUUGUCCACUCUUGAGGAUUCUCCUCAAAAAAAAAAAAAAAAAAAAAAAAGUCCUCCAAAAACAAGACACUUAACUCAUAGCUAAGACACUCAGCUCAGACCUGAAGCCUAAAACAUAAAUUCUGGGAUGUGUAUGCAAGCCAGUCUACCUUCCAUUUAUGACUGUUUCCUAUGCUAGUGGCCUUUUGCCAUGAACACCCUCUUGGAACUUUAUCUUGCACAUAAAAGAACUAAUGGUGCUACCUCCCUUCUCAGGCUGGGGGCAACUCAGACAUCCCAAACAUUCUGUAUAGCCCCCAUCCUUCCCUUGUGUAUAAAUGGGCCUGUAUUUAACACGUUGUGCAAUGUUGGGUUAUUUAUUUUGUGCAUCUGUGUCAAUAAAUGAGAUCUAAGUGG